UAAUUCGCAAAAUUCUCACCACUAUAUAAACUGACGCAACUCAAAGUCAUUUAGUCAUAAUCGUUGCCUAAUUUUAUUGAUCAUCAUCUCUUGAUAUUCUUUCAUAGAAAAAAAAACCUCUUUAGGCAAUCAUGAAAGUGAUAAUUGUCGUCGCUGCCCUUGUGGCCAUUGCUUUUGGAGCACCACAAAAAUUGCAAAAAACUGAAGACGUUGUCGUCGUCAAGGAACUUUUACACGACAAUAUUGGACUCGAUAAAUAUGAAUACAAUUUUCAAUUAUCCGACGGUCAACAGCGAGAGGAAUCGGCACAUUUAAUAAAUCCAGGAACAGAAAAUGCGGCAAUUGUCGUACGUGGAAGUUUCUCAUGGGUUGAUCCGGCAACAAAUCAACUCUACACUGUCACUUAUGUUGCCGAUGAAAAUGGAUUCCAUCCUGAAGGCGCUCACAUUCCUAGUGUCUAAGGAUAAUUAAUUAUACGUAUUUUUAAAAAUAAAAAGCAAAAAAAAUCGCAA